UUCUGACUCUCCCACCUCCUGUCUGCUCAGGCUCGUAGGCUGACUUUUUAUACCGAGGCUAAAUUUAGGGGGUGGUCGGUGUGCGGCGUCCCUAUCCUGAACGCACAUCCUUCCCCAGUCCUGCGCUGGUCUGAUUUAUGCUGCGACGUUAACAAGAAAAGUUACUCACAGACGCAUAGCUGCUCAUAAGGAGCAACAGUUAUCGGACAGCAUCAGAAGAAAAGCGCUCCCCAUCAUUUUUGCUGGAGGCUCUGUGGGUUCUGUUGACUUCUCCCACAAUAGCUAAAAAUACGUCUUUUGGUAAUUACUAUUUUUUCUAAUUUUGUUUAUGAUAACGCAUGGAAAUGGCCUUGAGUGGAACAAUUUUACCUUCAAUUUCUACGUUUUCUAACCAAAGAGAGAAAUACUGGGAAGAUAGAUGGAAAGGCGCCAUGAGUAGCAUACCAGGCGGAGGCAGUUGUCUGGACACAAAAGACGAAGAGGACCUGGAUAAGUUCUUGGAUCUUGAAUUUAUUCUCUCAAACACCACCGAAUGCAACAAUGCGCCAACCCCAGGGACGGCAGCAGAGUCAUAUCGACACCAGGAAUCUGGGGGAUCCGCGUAUCACCAGCAAGAGCUCCAGCACAGCGGAGCGCCCCAGCAGUUGGCCAGUUACAGUUCAGUCCCAGAGAUGAACAUUCCUCCCCCGCCCUACAACAGCCUGAUGGCAGAACUCCUUCGCUCCGACGUGGAUACGAGUUUCCCUGAUAACAACUCUACCUUCCAAGGGAGAUUCUUGAUCAGCUCCACCCCUUUCUCUUCGCAGGAUUUAUUUUCCGAGCACCUGAGUAUAAAAAUUGAGCCCACAUCAGUGGACGCUUACGGACCUGUCAGUGGUCUGGUGCCUCAGAGCUGCAUCAAGCAGGAAGGGAACGUCUCCUGUAUGAUGUCGUUCGAGCAGCAGCCGCGGCUGGCCAACUCCCCGCAGGCCACCACGGGGAGCAUGACUCCGCCGCUCAGCCCGGACGACCUGAGGAACUCCGAGUGCCAACAACCCCAAAUGUGCAACUCCACCUCGCUGACAUUCCAGCAGAGUUUUCCCCGCCGCGCUCCAGGCGUAUUUCCUCAGUUGAACACCGGAAUCCAACUUUCCUUCGGGGCGCACAGACACCAUCAGUUCCCUGGUGUUUUCGGAGAGGAUGCAGCCAUGAGCGUACAGCAGCAGCCUACGGCCGGCCAGCGGGUGCUACUUACCCCACCGUCCUCCCCUCUGGAAAUCAUGGACACCAAGCCAAAGAGGGGUCGCCGGUCCUGGCCGAGAAAACGGACUGCGACGCACACCUGCACGUUCACUGGCUGCGGGAAGACUUACACCAAGAGUUCCCACCUGAAGGCUCAUCUCAGGACGCACACAGGAGAGAAACCAUACCACUGCAGCUGGGAGGGCUGUGGCUGGAAGUUUGCGCGUUCUGACGAGCUCACACGUCACUUCCGGAAGCACACUGGACAUCGGCCUUUCCAGUGUCACCUGUGUGAACGGGCGUUUUCCCGGUCAGAUCAUCUCGCACUGCACAUGAAGAGGCAUAUGUGAAUAAGUUUCCUGGGGACAGAAAACAGGCUACAACAGACAAAGACUACACCGAACCUCACACCUACUCAAGUAAGCUGUGAGGAUGUAAGCAACAAGUCUGCAGGUAUCCUGUAGGAACUAGUUGUGUCUUUGCAGGAUAAACUGUAUGAUGGGGCCACCACUGAAUAAACAUAGCCUAUGCAUAAAACUAAACUGAGUUGGUUCUUCAUCAAGACAAGAAGCCUUUUAAAUUUGGCUUAGCUUCAGGUUGUUUUAUACGGAACACAAUUAAGUCAAUAACUUUUUCUUUUUUAAAAGAAAAACAAUAGAAAAAUGUCAUAUAUAAAGCUAAUUUCAAAGAAAUGGUCAUGCAGAUUUGACAAAGACAGAUGAAUUCUGUUCAAACAAUUCUUUUUCUUAUUUGUUUUAUUACAAUGAUGUAGCUGGUACUACAUGAUCAUGCUAAGAAGUAAGUGGUUACACAGACAUUUGGGAAAAUCCUGUUUGUGUUUGUAUUUGGCUAUCAGUGCCUUCGAUGUCACAUUAUUGCACAUCUUACGAGAGCCAUAUUCUCUACUGGCUUUGAGAAAAUCAAAGUCUCAUUCUCCAGUGAUAUUUCCAUGGACAUACGUUGUGACAAUGUUUUGCUCCAAACAGCGGUUGGUUUUGUUCUCCUUGAAGACUUGAAAUUAAAAUGUGUUGUGAGUGAAGCUUCAUUAAAGUGGAUGUCAUCUCAACUUGACUAAGGAGGGACCACACUGACUUUAGAAAAAAAUGUAUUUGUCUGUGUCUUGAAAAUGUUUUGCCAUGUAAAUACAAUGUUUAUACUUUGUGAAUAGUUUAUUUUAAUAUACAAAUUAAAUGGAUA